AUGUUUUCUAAGCAUGGUGUUUUUGUACCAUCUGGUGCACGAUGUUGUCAUGGUCACUUAUAUAAUAAAAAAUUAUCAUAUGACUCUAUUCAACAAAUUUCGGCUUCUCAAGAUGAUAAACCUGUAUUAAAUGCAGAGGGUGUUCAAACCAUUUUACUUAACAUGCGUUCUGUCUUGAUGAACAUCAAGACAUUCGAUUUUGAUGAUUACACUAUUAUAUCAGAUGAGUCUUAUGUCGAUUUGACUGGACUUACAAAAGGUAUUGAUCUUUCUAAUGUUGAAAACUUAAAAUAA